AAAGUCCGUAACACAAAUAGUUGUUCUUUAUCUAGAAUUAAGAUAAAAAAGCAGGUGAUAGACAGUGUGGCAAGUGCAUGAGACAUUCAUGUUAUUACUGUUAAAUUUGGAUUUAAAUCUGACAACAGAAUUAUGAAGGUGUUUCUACCCAUGAUAUGCAUCGCGGCACUAGCCCUCGCCGAACCUCCAGUCGGCGACGGCUACCCUCAUUCCAGUCAUCAUCACGACCACGACCAUGACCAUGAGCACGAUCACAGCCAGGACUUCCAAAGAUCCCUGUCCCAAGAAUACGGACCUCCUACCAGGUCUUUCGGAUCCUCAAGAAACGCUCUUUCAACUGAAUAUGGACCUCCGAACGCCAGAACUGCGAACACAAGAUCAGGACCUUCACAAACUUAUGGCGUACCAAGUCAACGGAGUGGAGUUUCCCAGGAAUAUGGAGUGCCUAGCGAUAUUUCAUCAUCACGAAGCUUGUCAACCGAGUAUGGUCUACCAAACCCUCGUAGUUCACCUUCAACUGAAUAUGGUGUACCCAGUGCCCGUAGCAGUCCUUCAGAAGAAUAUGGUGCACCAGCUGUGAGGAGCUUGUCGCAGGAAUAUGGUGUUCCAUCCGCUUUGUCUCAAGAGUAUGGAGUACCUGCUGAAAGAAGCGGCUUGUCCCAAGAAUAUGGAGUUCCUUCAUCUAGAUCCUUAUCUCAAGAAUAUGGUGCACCUUCAGCUAGAUCCUUAUCUCAAGAGUACGGUACUCCUUCAUCUAGAUCCUUGUCCCAAGAAUACGGCGUACCUUCAGCUAGAUCAGCUUUAUCCCAAGAAUACGGUCCCCCAUCAGCUCGUUCACAAACACCUUCUUCCCAAUACGGGCCACCUGAAUUUCGCUCAACCCCGUCAGAAGAAUACGGAGUACCGUCUCAAAGGAGCCUUGGUUCGCGCUCGCCGUCCCAGAAAUAUGGACCACCAACUUCCCGUAGCUCUUCCUUCUCUGCCAAUUCCUUAUCUCAAGAGUAUGGAGCUCCCUCAUCCAGAUCAGCUGAUGCUCACAGCUUUACCACCCCCAGAAGUAUUGCGAAAUCUUUCGGAAGUAAUGCAGCCCGUUCCUUCAAACCUCGUGGGGAAAGUCGUUCGUCUUUUGGUUCGCGCUCCCCAUCAACUACCUAUGGUGCUCCAAGUGCGAGGAAUUCUGGCUCUUAUUCCCAAACCGCGAAGGCUUUAUCUCAGACGUAUGGCGCGCCCACCCAGCGUGAUGUGUCAGAUACUUAUGGAGUGCCCAACGCGAGGAGUCUAUCCCAGGAGUACGGAGUACCGUCGAGUCGUGCUGCUAAUCAGAAGACCAGUGCUAUUGCUUCGUCUUAUUCUUCUGCUGCAUCCAGGUCUUCUUCACCUUCAGACACUUAUGGACCUCCUUCAGCUCGCGACUCCAUGCCCUCAGAGCAGUACGGAGUGCCGGACCAGUACAACAACCAGAACAGCCAGGGUUACUCUUACGCUAGGGGUGCUCUUGAUGAACUUGUCAACCAAGAGCCAGCAAACUACGACUUCACCUACAAAGUGAACGAUUAUGAGUCUGGCAGUGACUUCGGUCACACGGAGUCCAGACAGGAGAACCGAGCUGAGGGCUCUUACUUCGUCGUCCUACCUGAUGGUACUAAGCAGACGGUGGAGUACGAAGCUGACGAGCGUGGAUUCAAGCCGAGGAUCUCAGUGGAGCAGGUAGACUUGGGCCGCUCUGGUGGAUACGAUGAAAAUGCGUCUGAUCUCGCCAGGUCUGGUGAUGGACCUUAUUAAUAAAGGGAUAGAUAUCAUUUUGCUGUGACGGGUGUUAGUUUGAUUGGUAGCUGUCUGUGGCGCAUUUCAACUAAAAUCAAAGGGAUUCAGUUUAAAAAAAUAUAUAAAUGUGUUUAUAUUAUUUAUUUAACAAUCAGGCUCUGGGGAAGAUAGAGCAUUCAGUCAUAGACUACUUAAUUGUGUUGUAUAAGGAUUUAUAAAUAUUUUUUAUUUAUCUAGAUUUUGAUUUAAAAAUUGUCAUAAUUUUGAGCACCAUUAUUUCAACAAACAUGACCCUACAUACCAAUGUAAAAAAACAUAAACAUAAUCUAAAAAAAGUGUUGAUGUAGAAACUGUAAAAUAAAUUCCAAUCAUAACUAAUCCAUAAAAAUCACAAAGAAGAACGUACUGAAACCAGUGGCGCCUCUAGCAGCAAUCAAUAGAACUAACAUUAAGAUGUCAGAAAAUGUGCUGUAAAAAAUAAUAUUAAACGAUGAAUUGUUUAUGAAAAUGGACUGUAAAAAGGAUCUGACUGUAAAAUACUCAAUAAUUUAUUAUUUUUCUAGCAAAUUGUAAAAAAAAAUAUAAAAAAAUAAUGCAAUAAUGUACCUCAUAGUUUGUAAGUCGCUUUGUGAUG